AUUAGUGGAAUAUGAUCAAUUUAACAUUAUCAUUGUGACAUAUUUUAUAAAAUGUCCCAUAUACAAUAUGUAGAUGAAUUAGUUAGAGAAUAUUUAUUAUUUAGAGGUUUUUCCAAUACAUUAAAAAGUUAUGAUAAUGAACUAAAACAUGACAAAGAUCGAGGAUUUAGAGUUGAUAAGCUGAUAGAUCAAAUUAUUAGUUAUAUUCACAAUUAUGAUUUACAGGGCUUGAGAGACCUAUGGGGUCACUUAGAUAGUUUAUUAUUUUCUAAACUCGAGCAACAUUUUACACCAGCUAUUCGAAAAUUGGAGUUUAGCUUACUAAAAUAUUAUUUAGUAACAGCAGUCACUAACAACAAAAUUGACAAAGUAACAGAAUUUUUUACAAAACUUGCAUCAGAACUGCAAUCUCAAACAGAAUGGAAAGAUUGGUUUGUCUUACCCUAUAUAAAGUCUCCUGAAGACAACCCAACAUUUUCAGUAUAUUUCACAAAACAAUGGCAAGAUACUCUCCUAGUGUCUCUACAUAAUUUAUUAGCCACAGUAUUCCAGUGUAUGCCACAGCCUACAUUGAGCAGCAUUGAUGCAGAAGCUUCUCUAAUUAAAAGACUUCAAGAAGAAAAUAAUCAUCUUCGAAACAGGCUUGCUAGUAUGCAACCUAUAACAAAUUUACACGAUAUUGUACCAAUUGAAGUACCACCUCCAACGCACUUGGUGGAUGAUUUUUAUAUAAUAGCACAAGAUUCAUCCCAGAGCCUCACUGAAUAUGCUUCUCAUCAAGCGAGAAGUUUAAAAUCUUUAAUAAAGAAUAUUGGAUCUGGUGGCAGUCCUGUAAUGGGGAGGAAGGACACUUCCAGUGAUAGAAAUAAAAAGCGAUCUGGUUCAGUUGGGAGCAGUAGGCUUAGUUCUAAUUAUUGAAUCGCUUGCUAAGUUAUUGUAUUUGAA